AUGCCAUCAACGAAGCCAUUCAAGGUGGUUCUGCGUGGACUGGUGCCUUUCAGCACGGAUGAGGUGAAACCCGAGUUAUUGAAUAAUGGAUUGACACCGCUUAAUGUUUAUCCAAUGACUCGUCGCUCAAUUGAAAACAUAACCUUUAGGAAUCAGUUGUUUCUAGUGCAUUUUACCAAGGGCACCACAAAUAUCAGUGCACUCAAGAACAUUAAGGAUUUGUUCCGAAUGAUUGUGUCAUGGGAACCGUAUCGUCCCCAGCACCGAGACGUCACGCUGUGCACGAACUGUCAAAGGUUCGGGCACGUUGAUGACAGCGUUUUGAAAUGUGUUAACUGUGGUGGUGAUCAUGGCACCUCAAAUCGGGCCUGCCCCAAGCGGGCUGAGUUCAUUUCCAUCCGUCUGAAAGCGACAACUUCUAACCAGCCCGGACGCAAGCGCAACGUUCGCACUCCACCGAUCAACUCAGAAGCUGAGUUUCCCGCUCUCCAACAUCGCCGACAGGUCACUGAUUUAGCACCACUUCCUCUUAACAAUCAGCGCUCCAGUAACUUCACUCCUGCGAAUUCUUCCAACCUAACGGAUACUCUCCGUCGUUCAGCCCAGCCCCGCCUCGCAGCUGCUGCCGCCCAGCCGAUGCAACGAUACUCGCCUGCCCCAACAUUAUCAUACGCAGAUGUUGCAUCUGGUAUUUCCUCCGACAUGUUCACAUCGCAGGAAUUACUAACGUUGGUAUCAGAGGUUAUUAUCAUAAUGCGUACCUGCAAGACACAAACCGAACAGCUCCAAGCUGUAUUAUCUCUGAUCAAGAAAUAUGUCCCGUGA